AUGGUGGCCCUGGGGGAGCCGGGGGCCACCAGGUCGCCUAAGGAGGGCUUGUUGGGCAUGAGAGUGAACAACGUUUAUGAUGUGGAUAACAAGACCUAUCUCAUCCGCCUGCAAAAGCCAGAGUGCAAGGCCACGCUGCUGCUGGAGUCGGGGAUCCGCAUCCACCUGACGGAGUUUGAGUGGCCCAAGAACCUGAUGCCCUCCAGCUUUGCCAUGAAGGGCAACGUUGUCCUCACCGACCACGAGUACCUGAUCCUCAACAUCCUGAGGUUCCGCACCGACGGCGCCGACGACGUGCGGUUUGCGGUGAGGGAGCGCUACCCGGUGGAGAGCGCCAAGGCUGCCGUGCCCCUGCCCACCCUGGACAGGUUGACUGAAAUCAUCUGCAGUGCACCCAGAGGGGAGCAGCUGAAGAGGGUUCUGAACCCCCUGCUCCGUGAGUGGCCUUUGGCAGGAGGUGCAGUGAGGUUGCUCAGGGUGUGCUCUGGGCUGGAACUGCAAAUAGAAGCUGGAUUUUCUGGAGCUGUCAAAAUAGAUCAACAGCUGGAAAAUAAAGAAAACCUUGCAAAGGUUCUUUCAGCUCUAGAGAGAGCAGAGGAAUACAUGGCCCUCACUGACAACUUCAGUGGAAAGGGUUAUGUUAUCCAGAAAAAGGAGAAAAAGCCAAGUCUGGAACCAGAUAAACCAGCAGAAGAUAUCUACACAUAUGAGGAAUUUCAUCCUUUCUUGUUUUCUCAACAUUCAAAAUGUCCCUACUUGGAAUUUGACUCAUUCAAUAAGGCCACAGAUGAGUUCUACUCCAAGCUGGAGGGGCAGAAGAUUGACCUGAAGGCCUUGCAGCAGGAAAAACAAGCAUUGAAGAAACUUGAAAAUGUCCGUAGGGACCACGAGCACAGGCUGGAAGCUCUCCAGCAGGCUCAGGAAGCCGAUCAGCUGAAGGGGGAGCUGAUUGAGGUGAACCUGGAGGUGGUGGACAGGGCCAUCCAGGUGGUGCGCAGCGCCCUGGCCAACCAGAUCGACUGGAGCGAGAUCGGCGCCAUCGUCAAGGAGGCCCAGGCCCAGGGCGACCCCGUGGCCUCGGCAAUCAAAGAGUUAAAGCUGCAGACAAACCACAUCACCAUGCUGCUGAGGAACCCCUAUGUGUUAUCUGAAGAGGAAGAGGAGGAGGAUGAUGCUGACAUAGAGAAGGAAGAAACAGAAGAACCAAAAGGAAAAAAGAAAAAAAAUAAAACCAAACAGUUGAAGAAACCUCAGAAAAACAAACCCUUAUUGAUUGAUGUUGAUCUCAAUUUGUCUGCCUAUGCCAAUGCCAAAAAGUACUAUGAUCACAAAAGACAUGCGGCCAAGAAAACUCAGAAGACAGUGGAAGCUGCAGAAAAGGCUUUUAAAUCAGCUGAGAAGAAAACAAAGCAAACCCUGAGGGAAGUUCAGACUGUCACCACCAUCCAGAAGGCCAGAAAGGUCUAUUGGUUUGAGAAGUUCCUGUGGUUCAUCAGCUCUGAGAAUUACCUGGUGAUUGCUGGCAGGGAUCAGCAGCAGAACGAGCUGAUCGUGAAGCGCUACCUGAAACCAGGGGUUUCUAAAACUGCCCCCACAGGAGAAUAUCUCACUACUGGCAGCUUCAUGAUCCGAGGGAAAAAGAAUUUCCUUCCACCUUCCUAUCUGAUGAUGGGCUUCAGCUUCUUGUUUAAGGUGGAUGAGAGCUGUGUGUGGAGGCACCGCGAGGAGAGGAAGGUCAAGGCCCAGGAUGAGGAGCUGGACACGGUUUCCAGCAGUGCCAGUGAGCUGCCUGCCCUGGGGGCCCCAGAUGGAGGAGACAGCAGCAGUGAGGAGGAAAAAGCUGAGGCUGAGGCACCUCCUGAGGGUGAGGAAGCUCCAGAGGAUGUGGAAGCUCCGGAGGAUGUGGAAGCUCCAGAGGAUGUGGAAGCUCCAGAGGAUGUGGAAGCCCUGGAAGAUGUGGAAGCCACAGCUGAGAGCAGCCAGGGUGAGCAGGGAGGAGGGAACACUCCUGCUCCAGAGGCUGACUCCGAGGAGGAGGAUGGAGACUCAGAGGAGGAACAUCCAGAGCCCCAGAGGGAGGUGAAGGAGGAAGAGGUGAAUUAUCCAGACACCACCAUUGACCUGUCACACCUUCAGCCCCAGAGAUCCCUGCAGAAAACCAUGCCCAGAGAGGAGGAGCCCAGCUUGGGUGACAGCAGGGCCCAGGGCCGCAGGCAUCUCUCUGCCAAGGAGAGGAGGGAAAUGAAGAAAAAGAAGCAGCAGAACAACUCUGAGAACCUGGAGCUGUCUGAGGAGAAGCAGAAGGAGGCAGAGACAGAGACCCAGCCUGUGGCUGCUCCCAACUGCCCCAAGGCAGCUCCAGCCCCUCAGCCCAUCAAACGGGGCCAGAAGAGUAAAAUGAAGAAGAUGAAGGAGAAGUACAGGGACCAGGACGAGGAGGACAGGGAGCUCAUCAUGAAGCUGCUGGGGUCUGCAGGCUCCAACAGGGAGGACAAAGGGAAAAAAGGGAAGAAGGGCAAGACAAAAGAAGAGGCAGCAAAGAAGCAACAGCAGAAACCCAAACCCCAGCGUCGUGCAGCGGGAGGGGGCAAGGAGAGCCUGCCUGCAGGAAUUGUGCUGCACGAGGCACAGGAGGCAGGCCUGGAUGAGCUGCACGAGGACAAGGAGGAGCAGGAGCAGGAGCAGCCAGGACUGGAGGAGAGCCAGGCCCUGCUGGACUCCCUGACGGGGCAGCCCCACCCCGAGGACAUCCUGCUCUUUGCUGUGCCCAUCUGUGCUCCCUACACAGCCAUGGCCAACUACAAGUACAAAGUCAAGCUCACGCCGGGCACGCAGAAGAAGGGCAAAGCUGCCAAGAUUGCCUUGCACAAUUUCAUGCAGUCCAAAGAGGCCAGUGCCCGAGAGAAGGAUCUGUUCCGCAGCGUCAAGGACACAGACCUGUCAAGAAAUAUUCCUGGGAAGGUGAAAGUGUCUGCACCUCACCUCCAGAACAUGAAGAGGAAGUGAUUCCAUGCUGGGGGCUGGACACAGACCCAGCACCUGGACUGAAUCCCUGCACCCAGGGCCUGCAUUCCUGCUGCUUUAGCUGGACUCUGAUACAAACUGCAGAUAAAUGUGGAAUUAAAUUGCUGGCAUUUGGUCAGGAAUGUCCUC